UCGUUUUUUCAAUUACUCUUUAAAAAAAAGGUUUAUGUAGACAUAAGUAUUAGUGGAGUUUUAACCUUGAAAAUCUAUUCUUAUCUUAAUUGAUUUGAUAUGAGUGUCUUUUUUGAUUGAUAUUCGGGUUGAUACCCUGAUUGUUUUUUCGAUCAAAUAUCUAGAAAAUUUAGAAAAUUGGGAUAAUAAUAUCAAUCGCUAUAAAUAUAAAAUAAAAUUUUGUUCCAAAUGAGGACCCAACCUUUGUUUUUAUUUUUGUUCCAACUGACCCUCAAUAUUUCCAUAUUUAGGACCCCUCCAAGUGGAACACUACACACAUCAUGCAAAUAUCAACUCCUUGAUUACACCCCACCGAGACAUAAAAAUCCGAAUAAUCAUUAUUGCCUCAUUACUGGGGGUAUAUAAUUUAGCAACCCUGACCACCGUCUGACCUAGAAAUGGGUCACCCUUUUCCAUUUCGCUUCGAAAUGCAUUUACACAACUCGUCGCGUGCACAAAAGAGUGAAGACAAAGCAAUAAACCUAAAGUGAGAGCUCUGCUGUUGAUACAAAGCUCUGAUGUCAAACACGAUCGACAAUUUUUGUGAUAAACUCUUGCAUUUUCUCUUGUACUCUGAUGGUAAUCGCGUGCCAUGUCGUCUCCACUUUCAUAUAAUCGACGCCUACUUUAUGUCAUGAAGCUUUUGCACGUAAAGCGAAUUCGAAAGUUUUUUUGUUUUAUGCACAUAACUGCCAUGACAGGUGCUUGGAGUUAUUGCAGGGGUGCCAGUUUAAUUGCCGAGAGUGAAUUGUGUGCAGUUAUUUCGGAAAUAAAUCAUAAAAAUGGGGUCUACGGGGGUUUUCUUUUGGAGAUGCAGUAAUUAAAAAGUUGUUAUACUGUAUACACUCAAAUCGAUUGUAAAUGUUAUAAUGACGUAACACGUACAGAGAGGAGAGUGAUACUUUUCUGGGGUUGCAUUUAUUAUAUGGAAGUGCUAUGUCAAGGACGACGUCUGGGUUUUUUAGUGCAUCAUGUGGUGUGGCGAUGACGACGUUGGUGGGGUGAAGUUUGGCGUUCCGACGCCUUAAAAUGACUAGUGCGGCGUCGGAGGCCGUAACAGCAACGGGGGCUCGAAACACUAAACAUCGACGCACCACUAAACGAGGCGUUUCGACCCUCAUGUAUGCCUCGCAGCAGGGUGACGUCCAGAGAGUCCGCAAAAUCAUACAAGAACAGCCUGAAACUUUGCUGACUCGAGAUCGUACCGGAAAAACGCCUCUACAUUACUGCAGUACCAGUGAUAACAUUUGUGCUGCCCAAGCUGCCGAUUUGAUUGUUAUGGCAGCACCGGAUUUGGUCGAGAGCCACGAUGAAGACGGGUUUACGCCGUUACAUUUGGCCGUGAUUGCUGGGAAUAUGCCUCUGGUGACUUUUCUUCUAGCCAAUAAGGCCGAUGUGAAUGCGAUGGAUAAUGAAAAACACACAGUCGUGCACUGGGCAACAGUAUGUGGGGAAACAUCAGCCCUUCGAGCUGUCUUGGCCGCAGGAGCCCCCGCUUCCACCCCCGACGUCCACGGCGGCUACCCUCUCCACUACGCCGCUCAAAUGUGCGGAGGCGACAAGGAUUCCAACCUCGGCUUCCAAGUCCUUCAAACUCUUCUAACGCACAGCGACAUCGUCGUUUCCGUCGAAGACGACGACGGUCGACAACCCCUCCUGUGGGCCGCCAGUGCCGGGUCUGCAAAAGCAGUUCUGGCCUUGGUUCGCGCAGGGGCUAACGUCGAAGCCUCCGACAAAGACGGUUUGACUGCUCUUCAUUGCGCUGCCUCAAGGGGGCACACGGAUUGUAUCGACAGUCUAUUAACUCUUUGUGGGGCUACUCCAGAUGUAAUAGAUAGUAAUGGAUGUACUGCUCUUCACUACGCGGUCACUUUGGGACAUGCCGAUGCUACUGCCCUGUUGUUAGCCCAUGGGGCUGACCCCAACCGUCAAGACCGCAAAGGUCGGACCCCAGCCCACUGCGGUUGUGCCAAAGGUCAAUUCGAAACUGUCAAAAUGAUUGGCGCACAUGGGGCCAAUCUGUGGUUGAGAAAUGCAAGAGGUGAUCUUCCCUUACACGAAGCUGCAGCUUCCGGAAGGAGAGAUUUAGUUAGGUGGUUGCUCGAUAUGAGACCUAGUCAAGUCAAUGCGAGAAAUAACGAUGGAAGAUGUCCUUUACAUUUAGCAGCCCUUAAUGACAACGCUGACAUGUGCAAGAUACUACUUGACGCUGGGGCACAAAUCAAUCCGAUUUUAAGGACUUCCAAAAAUACGUUUAUGACACCUUUGGAUUGUGCCCUCCAACGAGGUUUCAGAUCCACUGCUAAAUAUCUUCAGUUACAUGGAGGGGUACCUGCUACUAGAAUUGGAGAUAUAAGACAAGGUCACACGACACCGGGUGUUAAUUUUCAAAUUAAAGAUAAUGUUACUUUUUGGGGAGACACAAGUUCGGAUAGUGAGCGCGAAAAUGGAGAAGCAACAAAACAAAGUAGGAGAAUUCAAAGAAAAAAGCUUUUAUAUAAAUACGAAAAGAAGAAAGCUUCAAUUUCCGAAAGUGAUUUAGAAAAUAAUAAAUUGAUAACAAGUAAACUUGAAACUGGUAGAAGUGCUAAACGGAAACUUAGAGAAAAAAAUCAAAGAGCUAAAACAGCUGGUAGAACUGACAGUUCUACAAGUAUAGAUUUGUCUAAACAUGCCACAAGAUCACCAUCAAACCGAUUUGAUUAUAAAAAUGAGAUUACAAUUAAUGGAAAAACAGAAAUCAAUAUUCACCAAACUAAAGAAUUUCAUAUAACGCCCGAUGAAGAGAAUUUAGAUCAGAUUCCCAGUAAGCUUUCAACUGAAGUUGCUGGAAAAAUGAGUGAAGUUAGUGUUGAUAAAGAUAAAAGACCAAAAAGUGCAAAACAGACGAAAGUUAAAGAAAGAGUCGAAAAAUCAGCCGGGAAAGAAGACAGUGCCCGAAUAAAGAAACAAAAAGUUGAGAGACCUACUUCAAAGCAAAAAAUUGAAGAAAACGCAGUUAAAAAUAAAAAUAAUUUCAAAAAUGAAACUGAGCAAAAGAAAUUGGUUGAUCAACAGUCGCUUAUGUCGAAUACGAGUGAAGAUCAGGAGGAACAGAAAAGUCUUGUAGUAGAAGCUGCUGUGCAUGAGCCUCCAAAACAAGACGUUGAAAAGACUGAAGUCGAUAAGGUGUCUCAAACGGAUAUUGUUGAAAAGGAGUCUAAAAUUGUUCAGACUUCAGAGAUGGAAAAAAGUCAAGUUGAAGAAAAUGAUCAGGAAGUUAAAAUAACUGAAGUAACUGAUGGUAAAACCGAAGUACAUGAAUGCGAUGAAACAGUAGAGUUGGAGAAGAAUGCAAAGGUAGUGGAAAAAGAAGAAGAAAAAAGUACUGAUACUGAAUUAAAAGAAAAUGUAGUUUUAGAAGAGCAGAAAAAAGAUUUUGAUACAAAAGUCGAUGAGGCUGUUGAUCAAGAAGUAAAAGAGGAGAAAUCUAUUGAAGGGGAGUCGAAAGAUAAAAAUAACAUAACAAAAAUAGAAAUGAUGCAAGGACUAGACAUUUCAGAAGAAAAAGAAGAAAGUUUGGGUAAACCUGAAGAAAAAAGUUUUAUUGAAGAAAAACAAGUCCCUGAAGACAAGUUAAGAGAAGAAAUAAACAUUGGAAGUGAAAGCAAGAUUUCAAAAGAAACUGAACAGGUUCUUACUAAAAAAGAGGAUGCACUAAGUGUAAGUAAAAAAGAAGAAUGUGAAGAGAAUAUAGGCAAAGAAAAAAAAAAUAAUGGAGAAGAAAUAUUUGACGAUAAGCUACCAGAAAAGGUGGAAGAAAAUGUUUCUAUCAAAAGUGUAGAGAAAGAAAAAUUAGAUGAAAAAGUUAAAGAAAAAAAGUUGAAAAAACAAAAAACGAAGAGGAGUGGGCGUGAAAAACAACACAAUGGUGAACAAGCUUACGAAAUUAUUUAUAAGACAAUGGCAGCUGAUGAAAGCGAUGAUAUAACUUUAGAACAAUUAAGUGAUCGAGAUAAUAAGACUAAAUCUGCUAAAGAGAAAAAAAUUAUGCCCCAAAAAACUAUUUCGGGUAGUAAAUCAUCUCAAGAAGAAUAUUCCAGUGCUUCUGAAACAGAAUCGACUAGCUCAACAAGCGCCACUGUAAAAGAACACAAGAGUUUUCGCAUUUUGAAUGAUAAAGAAGUUGAAGAAAUUAGAAACUUAAAACCGAAAAAAUCCUCUCAAAAAACUCAAAAUAAACAACGUUCUCGAUCGGAAGAAAACAACAAGAAAAUUCAAAAUGAUAAAAUUAGAAGAAGUAAAAUUCCAACACCUUUAAGGAAAUCCCAAUUGUCCAAAAGUGACAAAUAUUUAAAUGUGAUGGAAAGAAAAAUUAAAUCUAGUAUGGAAUCACGUGUGCCUUCUUUACCAAACAUUAACGAAACUAAAGAUCGGUCCAAGGAACAUCCACGAUGUGAAUCGAACAUGUCGGCACCUUUAUUAGAGUCAAUUUAUAGCGACAAUGACAAAGCAAGUGCUUCUGAUUUAGAAGAAGAUAGCAGAAGUGCCUUCAAACGGAAAAAAAUCAAAAGAAAGUCAAAAAUACGUGAAGCUCGAAGCGCCGGAAGUGAUUAUGAGAGUAGCAACGUUAUAGACUCCGGUUUUGAACCAAGUCCCAGAAGCAGUAGAAUACCAAAAUGGAAAAACAUGAGCGAGAGAGGGGUAAACAUGACUUCGGUAACACAAUCAAUACAGUCUAACAUUCGGAGAUACCACCUGGAACGCAAAAUCUUUCAACACCUUUUAGACUUGAAACGGAUACAAAUCCGGGCUGGACAACACAAUGAGGCUAUCUUAGUCAAACGAGCUAUCGAUGCGUACCACCAAUCAUGUGCUUCGACCGUCGGAGCGGGCCGCUACGUCCCGGAAGACUAUACUUUUCGGAGUUUUGAAAAAUUCCUGUACUUAUCGUUGAGAAAAUUACAACGAAACGGCGCUGAUCAUCUCAAAGGCCUUCCAGAAUCGCCUGGCAAUCCUCUUCUGUGUACACAAAGCACACAUCGAUGCAUGCACGCCACCCAUGCCUACACCGGGAUUCCCUGUGCCGCCUACCUACCCAAAAUGGAUCAUCAUACCAUCCCUAAAAUCGGGUUUGCGUCCACACAGUGCAAACCUGGCACAGGCUUUCUGCCAACAAUCAAUCCUAAAAAAGCCGUGACGCUUGAAUUAUGCCACGGAAACGAUAAACAAGUCAUAUCACUGCCUGCGGAUCGUCUGGAUCAAAAUAAGCGGUACUAUGUCACGUUUACAGUGAAGGGGAAUGAAGGAAGUUCCCCCGAGGAAGAAACAAAAAGCCACAGACAUUCCAAAAGCGACUAAAGUGCAAUAUCUUGUUAGAUUUAUUGUUUGAUAUGAGAAAUUUGUACAAGGCGUUAUUGUAUAGAGGAAAUUUUAAUAAAAACGUUUUUCUUGUAAGUUUCAUGUAACUGUGUGAUCUGUUCCAAAUGGGAGCAAAUUUGGGAAGUGUUUCUAUCAAUCCAUUGGAGUGAA